AGGCUGGGUGGGGCCUCGGGUACCACCCAGCGGAGUUGGAGCCCGUCUGGCUCGGGGGAUGGAGAUCCUGGGGAGAUAUUUGUGCUGGGGAGCGGCAAGAUCAGGGUUGAUUUUUAGGCAGGUCACUCUACCUGAAGCAUUAGGGGAGGAGAAAAAUGGGGAAGGACCGGAGAGAAGAGGGACUGGCUGCUGUGAUCCUGGUAGGAUCCUGUCCCAGAAGAUGAGCCUGACCUAAGGCGGGGACCGGCAGCGGGCUACAUGAGCCCGCGUCCCUGGCGGCGGGAUCAGGAAGGACGCUGGGAGGGAGGCACGACGGUGAUAAAUCCCUGUAGGGCGACUCGGAGGGCACAGAACAGGCUCUGCUGAGGUCCUCUACUCUUCACCUCUCGCCCCCGCCCCCGGCCCCGCCCGCGUUCCAGCAUCCUUGCAACCGUUGAAUCAAUUCACAGUUCAGGAGCCCGGGGAACGGAAUUGGUUUCUGAAUCUUCCGAUAAUUCUGCCGCCACGACUUGAACCGUGUGCGACGCGAGCUCGAAACAAACAUCACAUCUAAAUAAAAAAAAAAAAAAAAAAAGCGGAAGAAGCGGCCGAGGAGGCGGCGGCGGGAGGAGGAGAGGAGGAGGGGCCGCGCGCGGCGGCCCGAGGCGGCGGCGGGGACGCGGGGACGCGGGGACGCGGCUUUGUGCUGGCGGGUCGUGGGGCGCCCAUGGCGGAGUGCGGCCGGGGGGGCGCCGCCGGCGGGGCCCUGCCCACCUCCCCGGGCCCGGCCCUCGGCUCCAAGGGCGCCCUGAAAGCUGGAGCCGCGGAAGGCGGCGGCGGCGGCGGCGGCGGGGGAGGUCGCCUCGGCCACGGGCGGGCGCGCUAUGACAGCGGCGGGGUUUCCAACGGAGAUUGCAGCCUCGGCGUGUCCGGGGACGAAGCCCGAGCCAGCCCCGCCGGGGGACCCCGCGGCGCUGCGCUCGCCCCGACCCCCAGCCCGGCCGCCUGCCCCUUUCCCCGGGAAAGCAAACCCGGCGGCCUGCCCCGCCGGAGCAGCAUCAUCAAGGAUGGUACAAAACAGAAAAGAGAACGGAAGAAGACUGUCUCGUUCAGUAGCAUGCCGACAGAGAAAAAGAUCAGCAGUGCUAGCGAUUGCAUCAAUUCAAUGGUCGAGGGUUCAGAACUCAAAAAGGUUCGCUCCAACUCCAGGAUUUACCAUAGGUAUUUUUUACUGGAUGCUGACAUGCAGAGCCUGAGGUGGGAACCAUCUAAGAAGGAUUCUGAGAAAGCCAAGAUUGACAUUAAAUCCAUCAAGGAAGUGAGAACAGGAAAAAAUACAGACAUAUUCCGCAGCAAUGGCAUUUCUGACCAGAUAUCUGAAGAUUGUGCGUUUUCAGUCAUUUAUGGAGAGAAUUAUGAGUCACUUGAUUUGGUUGCCAACUCUGCAGAUGUUGCGAACAUCUGGGUUACGGGACUGCGGUAUCUAAUUUCUUAUGGAAAACAUACACUUGAUAUGUUAGAAAGUAGCCAAGACAACAUGAGGACUUCUUGGGUUUCACAAAUGUUUAGUGAAAUUGAUGUAGAUAACCUUGGACAUAUAACUCUGUGUAAUGCUGUGCAGUGUAUCAGAGACCUCAAUCCUGGUUUAAAAUCUAGCAAAAUUGAGCUUAAGUUCAAAGAAUUGCACAAAUCCAAGGACAAAGCUGGUACUGAAGUCACAAAGGAAGAAUUUGUUGAGGUUUUCCAUGAGCUUUGUACCAGACCUGAAAUUUAUUUCCUUUUAGUUCAGUUUUCAAGCAAUAAGGAAUUUCUUGAUACCAAGGACCUUAUGAUGUUUCUUGAGGCAGAGCAGGGUGUGGCACAUAUAAACGAGGAAAUCAGCCUUGAAAUUAUUAACAAAUAUGAGCCAUCCAAAGAAGGCCAGGAAAAGGGCUGGCUUUCCAUAGAUGGGUUCACUAAGUACCUUAUGUCCCCUGACUGUUAUAUAUUUGAUCCGGAACAUAAGAAGGUUUGUCAAGAUAUGAAGCAACCUUUGUCUCAUUACUUUAUAAACUCAUCUCAUAAUACAUACUUAAUAGAGGAUCAGUUCCGAGGUCCCUCUGACAUCACGGGAUACAUCCGAGCUCUUAAAAUGGGUUGCCGGAGUGUUGAAUUAGAUGUAUGGGAUGGGCCAGAUAAUGAACCUGUAAUUUACACAGGCCACACCAUGACCUCUCAGAUAGUCUUCCGCAGCGUCAUUGAUAUUAUUAACAAGUAUGCAUUCUUUGCUUCAGAGUAUCCUCUUAUCUUGUGUUUAGAAAAUCACUGUUCUAUUAAACAGCAAAAGGUAAUGGUUCAGCACAUGAAGAAAAUUUUAGGGGACAAGCUCUAUACAACAUUGCCCAAUGUGGAGGAAUCUUACCUACCAUCCCCAGAUGUCCUGAAAGGGAGGAUACUAAUCAAAGCAAAGAAGCUGUCCUCAAAUUGCUCUGGAGUAGAAGGGGAUGUUACCGACGAAGAUGAAGGGGCAGAAAUGUCUCAGAGGAUGGGCAAAGAGAACGUCGAGCAGCCCAACAACAUGCCUGUCAAGCGAUUUCAGCUCUGUAAAGAGCUGUCUGAACUGGUGAGCAUCUGUAAGUCCGUUCAGUUCAAAGAAUUUCAGGUAUCAUUUCAGGUUCAGAAGUACUGGGAAGUCUGUUCGUUUAACGAAGUGCUUGCCAGCAAAUAUGCCAAUGAAAAUCCAGGGGACUUUGUAAAUUACAACAAACGUUUUCUCGCUAGGGUUUUCCCCAGCCCGAUGCGAAUCGACUCCAGUAACAUGAACCCUCAAGAUUUUUGGAAGUGUGGUUGUCAGAUUGUAGCCAUGAACUUUCAGACCCCAGGCCUGAUGAUGGACCUGAACAUUGGCUGGUUUCGGCAGAACGGAAACUGCGGCUACGUCCUUCGGCCAGCCAUCAUGAGGGAGGAGGUUUCUUUCUUCAGCGCCAACACAAAAGACUCUGUCCCAGGAGUCUCACCACAGCUUCUUCACAUUAAAAUCAUCAGCGGGCAGAACUUUCCCAAACCCAAAGGGUCAGGUGCCAAAGGAGAUGUGGUGGAUCCUUACGUCUACGUGGAGAUUCACGGAAUCCCUGCUGACUGUGCAGAACAAAGGACAAAAACCGUGCACCAGAAUGGAGACGCUCCCAUUUUUGAUGAAAGCUUCGAAUUUCAAAUCAACCUACCUGAACUGGCCAUGGUGCGCUUUGUAGUCCUAGAUGAUGACUACAUUGGGGAUGAAUUCAUUGGCCAGUACACAAUUCCCUUUGAAUGUUUACAGACAGGCUACCGCCACGUGCCCCUGCAGUCAUUGACUGGAGAGGUCCUAGCGCACGCUUCUUUGUUCGUCCACGUGGCUAUUACUAACCGAAGAGGAGGAGGGAAACCUCAUAAAAGGGGCCUUUCUGUGAGAAAAGGGAAGAAAUCCAGGGAAUAUGCGUCUUUAAGAACACUGUGGAUUAAAACUGUGGACGAGGUGUUCAAGAAUGCCCAACCGCCGAUCCGGGAUGCCACGGAUCUGAGAGAGAACAUGCAGAACGCCGUGGUGUCGUUCAAGGAGCUGUGUGGCCUCUCCUCUGUGGCCAAUCUCAUGCAGUGCAUGUUGGCAGUGUCUCCCCGCUUCCUGGGACCUGAUAACACUCCCCUGGUGGUCCUGAAUCUGAGCGAGCAGUAUCCCACGAUGGAGUUGCAGGGAAUUGUGCCUGAGGUUCUAAAGAAGAUUGUAACAACUUACGACAUGAUGAUCCAGUCCCUCAAGGCCGUGAUUGAAAAUGCAGAUGCUGUGUAUGAGAAGAUUGUACAUUGUCAGAAGGCAGCCAUGGAAUUCCAUGAGCACUUACACAGCAUCGGCACCAAGGAAGGUUUGAAGGAACGAAAGCUACAAAAAGCAGUGGAGAGCUUUACCUGGAAUAUCACCAUCUUAAAGGGACAAGCGGAUCUUUUGAAAUACGCUAAGAACGAGACUUUGGAGAACCUGAAACAAAUCCAUUAUGCUGCUCUUUCAUGUGGGCUGAAUAAACCAGGCACAGAAAAUGCCGACGUUCAGAAGCCGCGCCGGAGCCUGGAAGUCAUACCUGAAAAAGCAAAUGAUGAAACUGGAGAUUGAAGGAAUUUUCUAGAAACCAUUAUGGAGUUUAUAACUCUAGGACCAAUUGUAGUCAAAUGGGACAUUUGCUUUGCACUCACUAAUGAAAAUAAUACUUGGGAUUUUAAAGCACAACUGGAAUAGCUAAUUACAGUCUAUUAAAACUGUGAAUGUAUGUAGCAAUUCUGCGUGUGAAGGCAAAUAAACCCUUUAACAAGAAAUUAUAUUCCUGGCCAAAAUAUGCUAUAUUUGUAUACAAAGACAUCCUAACAGUUCCAGUGUGAACAGCAAGACUAUUCGCUCUAGUUCCAUGAGGGAAAAAAAAAAUUUUUUUUCCCUGGCUGAAAACAAUUUCUUGAGACAGAAAUGGAUUGUAUUGUCAAAAGUAGUAUUUAUUGGAGAGAAGCCUAAUCUACGCAUUUUGUUUAUAGAUAAUUGCCAGAGUCUCUGGGUUAUAGAUGAUUUUGGUGGCAUGCCUGCUGAGCCAUAAUUACUAGGGAGAAUGUAAGUGGACAGAUGCCCCGAGUCCCCAGGGGCCCUGGAGAGCCAUCGAGUACAAGGAGAACAUACAGGACUGAAGCUCCCCGGCUGAAGAUGCACGCUGGGUAGCCAUGCGAUGGAAUGGCAACCUGUCUGGAAGCAACACACUGUAAAUAGUUUUUCAUUGUAUGAAGUAGUGUUCACAUUAAAGAGAUGUUUUAUGAUAUUUCUCCAAUAGCAGUACCUACAUUUCAUGCAAGUUUAACUUUCAAAAUUUCUAGUUAAAAAUAUUCUACACUCCAGAGUAGCCAGUUGUUGAACAGCUUUGUCACAAGUGAGUUGCUUGUGUGGUGUUAACAGAUUUACCUCGAAGAAGGUGUUCACGACUCUGCCCCAUGGCAGCUGACUGCUGGUACCGCGAACCUGGCCCCCUCUCUCUGCUUUGGUGGUUCGCACUGUCCUGGAAACAGUGCCCGCAACCGUGUGGAGAGGACCCCAGAGGCAGUGAGAGGGGCGGGGGCACUCGGAGCUGCCCUGGGCCAGGUGGGAUUUUAAGCCAAGCCUUUAUUUUCUGAGUGACACUCUGUGCUAUUUUUGAAAAGAUAACCGGACACUGCAGCCUAAUUACCGCUGCUCCCAAACCCAACUUGCUUUCAGAUUUCGGAAGAGUAAAAGCUACCUAAAUCUUCAGCAACCCUUCUUGAUUUGUGCAUUUUCUUUUCGGUGGUUCAGGUCUGGGAGCCAGAUUAAGUAUGAGGAAUCUGCUACAUCCUCACCGUUAGGAGGAUGCUCAGGCUGAUACGUUUAAUUUAUUUCUGCCCAGACUCCUAAAUAUCCUCUUUAAAAACACUUUCUCUGCUCUGUUCUUGUCAUUUGCAUUCUAAUAGUGUGCCUAAGUUAAGGUAUGCAUCUCUACUGGCUCUCGGCUGGAUGUAAUUCCAGUUAGAAAAUUAAACCUGUCUGUUACUUGAAUAAUAGCACGGUUCCCUGCACACCCCAGCAGAUAGCCCCCGGUAGCUUUGGCUCUUAGCUCAGAGAGGAACUCUACCCAGAAGAAAGGAAAGGGAAAAGAGAGAAGAAUUAAAAGUAGUUUCAUAGAUUGAGGAGUAAAACAAUGUAUAAUUUAGACUAAUGUUAGCAAUCCUUGAACUUAGCGGGCAAGUAAAUAGCAAUAUUGCACUUAAAGUGAAAUCCAGAAGUAACAAAAAAAUACUCUUAAAAUAUAAGGAAAUUGGAAUAAAUGCUACAUUUAUAGCCAUGGCAGACGUUAAUCGAAGAUGUGACUUGAAUGAAUGAGAGCAAGGCACCUGUGAUUCGCUGUAGUUCUUCCAGGUGCAGAGUGAGCAACUUUAGGACCGAAGAAGUCCGAGAUGAUUGCAUCUGACACUGUUUCCCAGAUGCGGGAGUUGCAGACAAGAAGGAUAUAAUGCACUGCCCCGUGUCACAAAGUCUGAUGGGGUAGUGUUGGCGCUUCACCUAGCCCCAGAUUUACCCCACCUUCCCUCGACUAGAAAAAAGGUCAGCCUUCUUUUGAUCCAUCUUUUCAAAGGAAGUAGCCACGUGAUGGGAGAAAGGUUGCACACUUGUUUAGGAGUUGCUCCCAAAGCUGCCCCGUUCCUCCUGUCUGCCUAGCCCCUGCCAACGAGGCCCUCCCACUUCAGUCAAGAUGGCGGCUCCAAUUGGGAGCACGCGUUCAUGGCUAACUGAGCUAC